AUGUCAACUACCUUCUCCAUGGCUUCUUUCUCUCCUCUAACUCCAAUCUCAACCACUCAUUCUUCUUCACACUGCAAACCCCAUCACCACAACACUCUCUCCACUCUCACUCUCAGACCAAAAAACCAUCCUUUCUUUACCCUCUCUCCCUUGAGAGUUUCUGCUGGAACUUCUGAUUCACCUGAAACUGCUGUCAAACAACCUCCAGAAAACAUCUCUGUCGGUACAAAUGGCUCUGCUUCUGCUGUUACUGUGCCAGAAGAAAUUAAGGUUUCCAAUGGUUUUGUUGACCCUAGAUGGGUUGCUGGGACUUGGGACUUGAUGCAGUUUAGGAAAAACGGUACCACCGAUUGGGAUGCUGUUAUUGAUGCUGAGGCGAGGAGGAGAAAAUGGCUCGAGACUAACCCAGAAUCAUCCAGCAAUGACAGUCCUGUCGUGUUUGACACCUCCAUCGUCCCUUGGUGGGCAUGGAUAAAAAGGUUUCAUCUCCCUGAAGCUGAACUACUUAAUGGUCGCGCAGCAAUGAUAGGAUUCUUUAUGACAUAUCUGGUCGAUAGCUUGACAGGAGUAGGUCUAGUUGAUCAAAUGAACAACUUCUUUUGCAAAACUCUUCUGUUUGUAGCAGUGGGAGGAGUACUUCUCAUCCGAAAGAAUGAGGAUGUUGAUACUUUCAAGAAGCUAUUGGAGGAGACUACAUUUUAUGACAAGCAAUGGCAAGCAACUUGGCAGGAUGAGAACUCAAGCAAUUCCAACAAAUGA